CACGCGACAUCACGUGGUAUCGGCAAAGUCAAGCGAGAUCACGGAAUCAACACGGAGCUCCCGUCGCUCGGACGGAACACGACGACAUUAAAGCGCUAACCCGCGGUGAUUGUGGCGGGGGUUAAGAUGAACAGCGUCGGCGAGGGCUGCACGGAGCUCAAGCGCGAGUAUGACCAGUGUUUUAACCGCUGGUUCGCCGAGAAGUUCCUGAAGGGAGACCGGGGCGCGGAUCCGUGCAGCGAGUUAUUCCGCAAAUACCACACGUGUGUUCAGAAAGCCAUCAAGGAGAAGGACAUCCCUGUAGAAGGAGUGGAGUUCAUGGGCCCUAACAGAGAGAAACCUGACAGCUGAUGCCUGCUUGUGUGUUCUAGAUGGACUUGGAUGGAUGUGGUCAUCUUCUGAGACAUGGACUGUAGUACUGGACACUUACUGUUGAGAUGAACACUGGACAUCCAGUGCUCUGACUGUUCAUUCAUCAUUAUUAGAGAAGGAUUGUUUGGCAUGUUUGAGUUUCAUAACAUGCAGGAGAAUGCAUUGUGCAUGUGUGCAUUAAAAAGAGACUGUGUUUGGGUUGCCAGGUGCAGCAGGUUUCUGCAAAAGCUUGUUUCUGACAUCAAAUAAAAAUUAAAAAGGUA